CUUCCCCCCAAAUGCAACACAAAUGUACGAAGUAUCCUUUUCCAAACAGUUUAUCCACUCCCGUAUUGUCGCUUUCCACGUCCUACAAGGAUCGCAGCCAUCUGAGACUCAUGUAUUCGUAUGCCGAAGAAUGCUUGUUGAGGCCGGAGGGCCCACCCGAGAUGCGGGCUUCCCUAGUACGCCUACAGGUGGGGGGAACUCAUUUCACAAAACUGCGUAUGCGUCCUUGGCGCUUAAUGAACUUUCACACCAGGGUGCGGUCUUUUUCACAGUGACCGCGCUCAUUGCCUCCUGACGACGAGGUCCCCUCCUCCCCUUCUCAGCCGACUUCCCUCUCUUUAUAGCCACAACUUGUCUUUCUUGAAGUGACAGCCCACAGUGGACUGCAGUCUAUGUCUAUCACCGGCCAGAUUACGGAACAAGCGGUGCCUUUUGGACAGAGCGAGCCUUUGCGCGAUGAGCACCCCGAUUGCUGAGCCUUGCAGCGUUUCUGAGGAAGCAGCAACGGCAAUCAGUAAAUACAUUUCCCAACUUGACGAUAACCUCCGCCGGCAAUUCGAAAAUGAACUGAAUCGUGUCCUGAAGUCCUACCAAGGCUUCAGGCAGAGGUGUCAGCAAAAUCUUCUGUCAGGAUUGCCUCUUAAACACGCACUCGAGGACAAGUCUGGAGUCAUGGCACAAAUCAGAAGAGAGUUCCCCUGUUACAUUACGAAUUUCACCUACGAUAAUAUCGCCGACAUAUCCUUCACUGCUUACGAAUAUGCCGUAGUCAAGCCGGAACCAUACACGAUGCCAAUUGAGCUCCUAACCAUAGGACUCCCACCUCCACUGGACCCCUCUUCCGAAGACCUUUUACCUAGUCUGCAUCUCAAUACUGUUCGGCGUAACGGAGGCAAAGCUAAUCAAACUAUGAGCGCGAGCACUGUUGGGAAGAAUCGACCUGAAAGCUUCGUUUUCCUUUACACGCUGGACGGAGCGAGGAGUUACUGGAUUUUGACCUGCCCGAGGAAGGAUUGUCAAAACCGCGAAUUUUCCAGGAACCCAAUUACCAGCGGAGAUGCAAAAGCACACUUCAAACAGUGUAAAGUCCCUUUCAUAAACGAGGAGAAGAUUGUCAGGAAGUAUGGUACGAAAGUUAUACCCCAUCGACGCGACUCUCGAGACAUGCCGAUCAGCCGCCAAUGGAUAGCGAGGCACAACAGGAACAUUGGAAGGGGAGUACUCUGCACGAAUCAGGAGGAUAAACAAGGAGGCAGGGGCGCAAGUUCAGUCACCACGGAAGAUGAGCUUCGAGAGUCUGACUAAGAGUGCUUGGAGGGCUUGAUGAGAGGGGAUCGAUCUCGCACAGCAGUGCACCAAUUGUGUCCUUGAUCUCUGGUAGUGAGGGGCAACACGAAUAGAGAGUAGUCGAGAUACCACGCUGUACGUGCUCGUUUAGUAACAGGAAUUCAAUUUCGAGUACGCAGCAUUUUGGGAAGGUCGUCAAGAUAUGCCCGUAUCGAACAGCCAGCUUAAGUAUUCCCUAUGCUGUCUUUGUCUUCUG